GGACUCCCUCCCGGUGGGCCUGGGGCCUUGCCCCGCUGCUGAGGAGCUCAGAAACCCCAGAUCGCCACCUUGGCCCAGGCUCCAUCUGUCCUCCGCGCACACCCUCGCCUCUGCCUCGACACCCACCUUUCAAGAAGAGAUGGGGCGGUGAUCUUUGCAGGAGGAGCCUGGGCAAGCCGAGGAAGAUGGGAAGGACAGAAACAUGGAGGGGUCACCCCACGAGGAAGGGAGCUGAGGGGACAACCCCGAGCUGGACCGCACACCUUGGGACACGGUUUUCCACUUCCUAAGGACGAGCCCCAGACUGGAGGAGAGGUCCGAGGAGGUGGGCGUUGGACUCUUCGCGAGGACCCCGGCGGCGGGCCCCGGGGAGGUGGCCGAGGCGGCGGCGGCCGGGGGCGACAUGGCGGAGGAGCAGGACCUGUCGGAGGUGGAGCUGAGCCCCGUGGGCUCCGAGGAGCCCCGCUGCCUGUCCCCGGGGAGCGCGCCCUCGCUGGGGCCCGACGGCGGCGGCGGCGGCGGCGGCGGCGGAUCGGGCCUGCGAGCCAGCCCGGGGCCAGGCGAGCUGGGCAAGGUCAAGAAGGAGCAGCAGGACGGCGAGGCGGACGAUGACAAGUUCCCCGUGUGCAUCCGCGAGGCCGUCAGCCAGGUGCUCAGCGGCUACGACUGGACCCUGGUGCCCAUGCCCGUGCGCGUCAACGGCGCCAGCAAGAGCAAACCGCACGUCAAGAGGCCCAUGAACGCCUUCAUGGUGUGGGCGCAGGCGGCGCGCAGGAAGCUGGCCGACCAGUACCCGCACCUGCACAACGCCGAGCUCAGCAAGACGCUGGGCAAGCUCUGGAGGCUGCUGAACGAGAGUGACAAGCGCCCCUUCAUUGAGGAGGCUGAGCGGCUCCGGAUGCAGCACAAGAAGGACCACCCAGACUACAAGUACCAGCCGCGGAGGCGGAAGAACGGGAAAGCGGCCCAGGGAGAGUCAGAGUGCCCGGGCGGAGAGGCCGAGCAGGGCGGUGCUGCUGCCAUCCAGGCCCACUACAAGAGCGCCCACCUGGACCACCGGCACCCGGGAGAGGGCUCCCCGAUGUCAGACGGAAACCCUGAGCACCCCUCGGGCCAGAGCCAUGGCCCCCCCACCCCUCCGACCACCCCAAAGACAGAGCUGCAGUCGGGCAAGGCAGACCCCAAGCGGGAUGGGCGCUCCAUGGGGGAGGGCGGGAAGCCUCACAUCGACUUCGGGAACGUGGACAUCGGCGAGAUCAGCCACGAGGUAAUGUCCAACAUGGAGACCUUCGACGUGGCUGAGUUGGACCAGUACCUGCCGCCCAACGGACACCCGGGCCACGUGGGCAGCUACUCGGCAGCUGGCUACGGGCUGGGCAGCGCCCUGGCCGUGGCCAGUGGACACUCCGCCUGGAUCUCCAAGCCCCCGGGCGUGGCUCUGCCCACGGUCUCGCCACCUGGCGUGGAUGCCAAAGCCCAGGUGAAGACGGAGACCGCGGGGCCCCAGGGGCCCUCGCACUACAGCGACCAGCCGUCCACCUCGCAGAUCGCCUACACCUCGCUCAGCCUGCCCCACUACGGCUCGGCCUUCCCCUCCAUCUCCCGCCCCCAGUUCGACUACUCUGACCAUCAGCCCUCAGGACCCUAUUACGGCCACUCGGGCCAGACCUCUGGCCUCUACUCGGCCUUCUCGUACAUGGGGCCGUCACAACGGCCCCUCUACACGGCCAUCUCUGACCCCAGCCCCUCGGGGCCCCAGUCCCACAGCCCCACGCACUGGGAGCAGCCAGUAUACACGACGCUGUCCCGGCCUUAAAGGGGGCCCCCCUCCCCACCGCCACCGCCGCCCCGCCCCUUCCCCCAGCCCCUGUGCCCUGCUCCCCGCCUGCCCCUCUCGGCCCAGCGGCGGCGGCGGCAGCCGUGGCAGAGGCUGCAGAGGCUGACAGCGGAGGGGAGGCCUUCUGUUCGGCUCACUGCCUUUGAUGACCCCACCCCGUCCUAUCCAGGCUCCAGCCCGGGCACAGCCCCGGGCCACUCGGCUGGGCAGAGGAGAAGGAGGUUGAUUGUUGCCCCUAGACUGAAAAACGAAGGGCUGCACCUUCCCCCAGGAAUGACCCUCGAUCCCAGGAUCUGAGAAGGCCCCGCUCGCCCUCCUCUGGGAGGGGGAAGCAUCAGGGAGAUGGGAAUCGGAGGCCUUGCCACGCCUGUGCCCGGGUUUCCCCUUCCGUGGGGAAGAAGGGGUCUGACAUAACCCGUGCCAUGUGCCUAAGAGCAAGGCCGGCCAGAGACCCGUGUCAGUGCCUGGAGCGGGCUCUCUGCCCCUCGGGGGCUGGGGACAGCUUUGAACAGCCUCCAGGGAGUGGAGUGGGGGGUGUCUCCUCAUCCCUUCCAUGCACCCCCUCUCCUGAACACAGAAAGGAAUUGGCACAGCGGCCCCCAGAUCCAGUUCUGUGCCGGCAACCUCAUUCUUUGUCUGAUGGAGAAAGGGGGCCCAGGUCCUACGCCACUGCGCCCUCCCAGACCUUGAGGGGAGGUCUCCCAGGAGGUGAGGGGCGGGGACUCCAGGACAGGAUUCGGAGACUCUUCCGAGCCUCCCUCCCAGGCUCCCCGCCCGCUCCCUCUUCCCUCACCAGGCCCUGCGGCUCCUGCUCUGUCAGCCCCAACUCCCUGGGCUUUCCAGAGAGUUAUCGCUGCUCAGGCCCAAACCCUCGGCUCCAGGGGGAGUCCCAGGGCGCAGCACCCAGGCUGCUGGCGGCAGGCUGAAGAUCCUAAACUCCUGGCGUGCACAUUCUGCCCUGGCCUCUUGCCCUUUGCCUCCCAGUGGUAUUUGAAUAAAGUAUGUAGCUCUGUUCUGCCCCUAUUCUCCUGUUCUGCAGCCCCCACAAUCUACAUGUAACUCAUUACUGCCCCCCUCUUAUUUAUCUCAGUAGCUCCCUCUCCCCUCUCCCCUCUGCUAGGUACUCCAGCCUCUAUUAACUCUGCAUUAAGCAUUCCACAUAAUAAAAGUAAAGGUUCCGGUUACCUGCCUGGUGGACCUGA